AUGGCAGAGCAGAGUGCACAAGAUGUGGUAAACCAAUCUCAGUCGGUGGGCGACAUCUCGCCUUCCGACGUACCUGCGACCACAUCCACACCUGAUAUCCAAGUUUCUGGGGACGACGCUGGUGCUGGGGAGGUUGUAUCGAAAGAGAAUGGAACACAUACACUUGCAAAUCUCAAGAUGGAAGACCUUGACGACGGGUCUGCUCGCUCAGACACGGACACCAGCCGUGCCGACGGUAGUGUCGCUGGUGACAAAGCAGCUGAGCAGAAGUCACUCAAGAAAUUCACACCGAAGCCCGUCAGUUUCGCAAAAUACUCAGUACCAAAAGUCAUCGCUGCAACGGCGGCGGCGAAGGGAACCGAGAAAGUUGCGACUCCGACUUCCUCAACAGUGACACUUGCCUCUGGCCGUCCACGAUUAGUUGCGAAGACUACAAGCGCUCUUCAAUCCCAAAGCAAACCGUUCAAGAGUGCAACGCCUGAUCCUAUGCAAGUUUGGAACAAAAAUAGAGUUACACCUCAACCAUCCACGAAACAUCUCACCGACGAAGAGCUUAAGCAGCAAUAUGGCAUUCAUCUUACCUCUCGCAUACAAGCAGAUGGCGAUGGCAAGGAGGCUAAAUGGGCGGAUAUUGAUGACGAUGAGGAUGACUGGGCACCGGAGACCAUUGAAUGGAAUGAUGGAACUAAGAGCACUCUCACACCGGUGGACAUCGCUGCGCAGGCCAGACCAACCACACCAACCAUUUCCGAAACAGGAGAACCGUCGAAGCCCGCUCCUCCUCCGAAGAUCUUGACACCUCACUUUGCAAGUUCUGUCGGUCCCAACGCUACUGUCCUCAAACUCGGUGCCAGCGCAGAACGGCAGCAGGCGCAGAAGGCUGCCAUUCUACAAACGAAAAGUGCUUCGGAUAAACCGACCCUCUUUUCUUCCAAGACCGCUCUUGCUCCUACCCCAGCUAAAUCUCCAUGGGCACCGCUACCACCAGUCGACAAGGUCUCGCCCAUUGCAAUCAAUCCACAACCCUUAAUGCCACCUCCAAGUCGUUAUCCUUCUGGCCAUGCCUUCGGUCAAGCCCCGUCGGUUCUAACAGCACCAUCACCUGCCAAGGAGAUCUCAGCAGACGAUUUCAACCGCUCCUGGCGAGAUUCACCACCAACUCAACCACGCGAACUUUACAUGCCAAAUUCGGGACGUUAUGAAGCGGUUCCGGAAGGUCGCAGGAGAAUGUCGAGAAAUGAUCAGAGUUUCCGUGCUCCAGCUGUGCUUCAAAGACCCAGCCAAACCGAUCCUCAUGCCCCUGCCGAGCCUUCUGCGGCAUUUCAGACGCAUCGUUCAAGCAUGGAUCAAGCCCGGCGCAGGGCAUCAUCGACUAUUUCCGGUGGCAGUGGUCAGUUCGGACGGCGGAUGUCCUUCAGAUCUGGCGAUGUACCUACUUCUGCAGUCGAGACGCCAAAGAUUGAUGUUGAGGGCGCUGCCGAACCGCCUUCUGCGGACGGUAUACAAUCACAGACUCAGACGCCAUCAUAUCAAGCUCGCGCAGUGACAGACUACAUGUCUGCUGGGCCUCCUGCUGUCGCUCAUCCUGGACCUCCUAUUGCGACAGAUGCUGACCUUGAAGUUCAACGCGCCGCGCAAAGAGCUCUCAUGAAAGAAAACAUUGAGCGGGCAAGGAGAAGGAAGAUUGAAGAGGAACAGCGUCUAGAAGCGGAGAAGCAAGAGCGCAUCAGACUCAAGUUGGCUUCCCUUGGGCCCGAUCCCAAGUCGGCCAGGAAGACAGACGAUACUCCUCAGGAGAAUGGUGGGAAGGGAGACAUCGAACAGCCGCUGGCGGCGUCGAGCUCUCUUCCUGCUUCGACUCUUCAUUCGCCGCCCAAACCUCCUCAACCACUGGCAUCUGGCGAACCGCAACAGUAUGGAAUGAUGAAGGUACACCCCAUGGAUUCAGUCAAGAAAGUUGGAGGCUCGGUGCCACGCCAGCUGGAAUCUCAGAAGCUACCUGUGCGCCCGAAAACCGAAUCCAUUGCACAUGAGGAGACUCGUGACGAAACGGUUGAGGUGACUUCACCAAUCAUCAAUGGUGUACGAACUGCGCCGGAAACACGGAAAGCAAGCUCUCACGAAACGUACUUGCCCUCCGAAUCAAGUCCAAAGCUACCCAAGCCCAGCUCUUCAGGAGGCGAUGCCAGAAGUGGAUGGGGCGAUGCUCGUCACGAUCACCGUUCACCUCAAGCGAGCAAUCUUUGGGGUAUGCCUCAUAAGCAGGCCCUUGGUAACGGUACUUUUGACCAAGGCUUGGCGGGAUAUGCGCCACAAGAUUUGUCCCGGACAUCUUCGACGGCACAAGGCUGGAUGAAUGGCAGGACUCCUCAUGCGGGGCGGUCACCGCAGAUACAAUAUGCGAACCACGCUCUCCCGGAGGGCAAACCGAUUCCAUACCAACCUGUGACCUCGCCCGAUCAAGGUCCACUGGCUGCUGACAGUGAGAUUGACUCCCUACUCCCGACAGUCAAACCUGCACCGAUUGGUCCUCCACAAACUCAGCAGAGCCACGCUCCAGUGAACGGGUUUCAGCAAAGCCCUCGCCUACAGGGCGUGGAUGCAUGGGGCAACUUCCAUCAAGUUGCUAGCCAGCAAGAGCGUGCUGAGAACGAGCGACUGCAACGUGAGUUGAUGGCGAGGCGGGAGGAAGAGCUUCGUACAGGAACUCGACCAGGACCUCAAUACACUUUCAACGAAACCUGGAAGCAAGUCAAUGUUGGUGAUCAAGCUGGUCAGCGACAGAUCGCGAACGUCUCCCAGUCUGCAGUUCCUGCUGCGGGCAUAUUCGGUGCUGUUGGGUCAAUCCCAGGUGCUGAACUAGCUCCCAGAGUUGUGAGCGGACCACCAGCUCGUGGGUCGAGAUUUUUCCCACAAGCAAUCGGAGGACCCCCAGUGCAGGACCGACGUGCUUUCACUUACAGUCAUCCAGAGCCACCGCGGACACCAUCACCACCUCCUGCGGAGGAAUAUGCCAGCUUUCAUCCGGCUUUCGAUGGUGACCUGGGCAAACCUAAAGUGCUGUUCCCACGGGAAAAGGCAGUUGUCAGACUGCCACCAGCAAUGCCACCCACGCCUCCUAGUCCUGUUCAGUCUCAGGGUGCGCCUGUUUCAGACGCACCGAUGAGUUGGGCGGCAAGAGUAUCUUUGCCACCUCCAGCUGCCGGACCGUCGCUUAGAUCAGUGUCGACUCCAAUAGCGCAGACCCCAUCAUGGCAAGAACGAUUUAACGGAUUGUUGGGCAAGAGGCCCUCGCCAACGAGAGAAUUUGCUCAGCCGGUGGAUGCCGCCCUUGCGGUAGCAUCGUCCUCGAGGGAACCACUUGAUGUACAGCACCUGAUUAUUCCUGCUGCUGCAGUAUCUCUCCCGGUCGAUGUCUCGCUUGACCUUCCGGAGGACGAUUAUUCAUACUGGACGAAAGAGGUUGAAAGUGAGGAUGAUCUGUUCGAGGAUCGAGAACCAGGUUCUCUACCGCUCAUCAAUCUACCACUGGAGUCGCCACUUCGACAAUGGGCGCCGUCGGUCGCACCAAGAGCUCUUCCUCCAGUUGUUGACGCUUUCUCUAUGCAACCUUUCAUGGUGAACAACUUUAAGGAAUGGCAUGGUCCUAUGAAGCCCCAAUUCGCACUAAUUCGCUUCCCCGGAUCGAUGAAACCCAUCAAGAAGGACAUUCCGCUCAAAGGAGCACCAGCACAGAAUGCUGGUAGACAGCGGCCUGCAAGCCACGCUGGCACAUUUGUUGGGAGACAUCCUAGGGGUCGCGGAGGAGCACGUGGGCGACAGGCAUCAAAGGCACACUGA